UCAUUAUUGAUGCAUCAUAUUACUUAUAUAGAAAAUUUAAUAUUGAACAUCCCUUCGUAAAUGGUAUGGUCUAAUUGCCCUGAUGACCCUAUUGACGUCACUGUUUCUGGGGAGAUCUAACAAUAUGGCGGCGGCCUGAUACCAGAUUAUUUCUUCAAGAAGGAAGCAACUCGAAAAAUAAGCAGUUCAACUGUCAGCUGUAGCCAUGGAGGCUGAACCACCCCCACCACCAGAGGGAGCACCUUCCAAGCAGGGGAAAAAGGGAAGAAGGCAAGGAAGUCAGGAUGAAUCCAGGAAAGCCAAGAAGAAAGGGAAGAAGAUGAAGAAAAGAGACUCUGAGUUGUCUCAGCUAGCAGAAGUUGUGGUUGACAAACCCUCUACAACAGAGGGGGACAAACCAUCUGUAGCUGGAGUGGAGGGAGGAAACCCAGCCACCACACAGCCAGAAGGGGACAGUCCAACUGUAGCUGGGGAGGGGUCGCCAACAGAAGCAAUAGGGGACAGCAAUGCUGUGCUGCAAGGGCAGGGAGAGAGUCCAGUUGAACAGCCAGAGGAACCUCAACAGUCACCAGGAGAUGGAGAAGCGGGAGUUGCCAUGGCAACCACAGCUAAGGAUGAUGGGACACCGGUGGCCAGUCCUGAGCAGAAAGGAGAGGGGGAGGAAAAGAAUCCUGAAGAGCCUGACAACGUCCGUGCAGACUCUAAGCUGGAGUGGUCAGGUGACCAGGCAAGCCUCAGGAAGGAGUUUGAUAAUGCUAACCAGCAGCGAGAGGAGGAAAAGGGAGGGGACACAGAAGCUGGGGACAAACCAAAGCGGAAGAAAUCUCGUAGAAAACACAGCAAGUCCAGACGGAGGAGUCGAGAGGCGAGGGCCCCUGAGAUCAGCGUGUCCACUCAUGAGCCCUACGACUAUGACUCGCGAGACUUCAGCAACAUCGACCCCAAACAGUAUGGGCUGGAGUUUGAGUCCGACGACGAAACAUACGCACCCCCCCAGUUUGACUCGGACCUGCCUGACAUCUACCAGCUGAUGGACACCCUGGAGGGGGGUGAGUCUGACCUGGAGGCUGACCACGAGCCCCCCUCUCUCUUCAGCAGACCUGAGCAUGCCCAGACAUACAGGAAAAUCACAGAAUUGAAGGUCCAGAUGGAGGAGGAGCCGAUCCCAGCCUACAUCGAUGAGUUUGAGAAAGAUGUGGAGGAUGACAUGCUGCACAUUGCCAGCAUCUCAUUGGAGGAAGUCCAGGAAGAGGAAAAACGACUGCGGGAUGAGUACAUCGCGUACCAGAAACAGGAGGCAGACCUGCACAGGGGCAGGCAGGAGGACCUGGCUAAACAGGCCGAGGGAGCCAAGAAACGCGUCUCCACCGUCAACAAGGACAAACUCAGGGAACUGAGGAAGAAAGAGGCUAUGAUGCUUCAGAAGGAGAGGCUGCUGCAGGACAGGCUGCACAAGGCCUUCAGGCAGUCUGAGAACCAGCUUAUCUAUGCACUGGACAAAAGGAAGGGGGAGGUCAAGACCAUGUACGGUGACCUAACCGUGGCAGAUGGGUUCUACGGAGGGAGCAAAGGUCGAAGGUGGAAGGUUGACUGGAACAGGGCUCCUCAGCCAAUCCAGGUCAAGCUCCAGUGUAUGAGAGGGGUCAAGGACAAGCUUCCAGUUGGUCGUUACGUGCUGCUGGUCUCGCUGUACGACCGCCUGGGUGGUCAUGUGAUGCGCUGGUCCAACCUGAAGGGACAGCAGUGGGGCGGGGCCACCCUGCCUGUCAACCAUGACGGACACUUCUGGAAUGCUGAACUCAAGUUUGACCAGAGCGUCUUCACUGUGCUGCCACCAAAGCCCGACGUUCGUCCGGGAAUGAUCCUGACCUUUGAACUCUUCUUGCUGCGUGGUGCGGUGGUCCCGACAGACCGCGUGGUCUGCUGGGGCAGUUUCCCCAUCUGUGACGGACAGUUUGACAUCAUAGAGGGAAAGUACAAGUGCCCGUUCCUACGCGGUGACAUGGACCUCCGGAUCGACAAACAUGAGAAGAUGGAGGAGCUGAUGGCCUCUGACCUGGACCACUGGCUCGGCAACCUCUACUUUGAGGUCAUCAAACUUCCCAGGUACCUGGCGGGACAGAAAGAGUACGAGGUUGAGCUCCAGUUCUCGGCGCAGCUCCUGUCUCACCCCGACCGUGUACAGGAUGCGGAGGAGAACCGUGACGGCGAGGAUCCCCUGCCUGGAUCACGCCUGGAUCUCAGCUCACGAUCCAGCACUGGUGGCAGUCAUCGAGGGUCAAGGGUCAGCCUGAACUCCCAGAGCAUGAUGGGAAGUACAUCUGACCCCGGUGAGGGCCCCAGUAAGAUGGUGGACCUACAGAAUGGGCAGAAGGACAGGAUGGGGAGCGCAGCUGAUGUGGAUGAGGAGAAGAAGGGACUGGACCGUGUUGCCAUGCCAUGCCCGGCGACUGUGAUGGGGUCGCGUAAGGUCGUGGAGAAGGAGAUGAAGCUGAAACACUCGGACAGCGAAGCUAGCAGCUCCGACGACGAGAACGAUAACAGCUUCCUGCAGGUCAAGGGUCAACCUGGCAUGUACUACAAGCGCCAUCUGAACAACCCAUCAGACGUGUACGCCCGUAAGCUGUACACCAUGCUGCCCAAGACUCCGCUGCUGUCCAAACGGCGCAGGAAGAAGCGGCUGACAUACCUGGAACAGCUGGCACAGCACACCUUUGCUGUUCAGAAACCUUUCUCCACCAAAGGCACAUACCAGCGCCCUACACACGAGCGCGCCCAGUACCUCACACGGAUGUUCCUUGCGGAGAUGGGACUGUCACAGUGGCGCUCUAAGGAGUUCCUGGGAAUCCUAGUCAUGCUGUUCUUCACCUUCUUCCUGCGAAUCUUCCUCCACUACGGAGGGCAGUGGCUCUUUCUCAUGCUACUGCGCAUCCCUGUCAACAAGUUUGAGUUCCUUCCCUACACGGUUAACCUGAACUACCAGAGCUCUCUGCUUCAUACACGGGAGGAGAUCGCUCUCAUCGUUCUGGGGCCGGCCUUCAACAUCCUGUGGUUCUCGCUUCUCGUGGCCCUGUCGUGGGUCAGCCAGCGGGCUCUCGGCUCGUUCCCCGCGCUGUUCUCCAAGUUUGUGAUGGCGACAGGACUGAUGGCGUUCCUGGAUCCUGUCCUGAUCCUGCUGGUGGACUGUGCCUUACAGCGUUGGCGUAACCUAGGCGGCAGCAUCCCUAUCGGCGAUGCGUUUAAGAUGUGGUGGCACUUCGACCGCGUGGAGGGUUCGGGAAUCGUCAGUGUUCCCAUGGUGUUGUUCCUCUACAUCUUCACCAUGUUCCUCACUGCCACCAUUCUCUACAUGUACUUCCUACGGUUGCACAACAACGGGCGCAUGCUGGACAUCUACCACCGCCUGCACGGUCAGGAGGAGGAGUUCUUCGUUCCGCACGACCUGGAGCUCAGCAACCAGGAGCUGAACUACGUGGUGAAGAAGGCGGAGCAGUGGCGUGGGGAGGAGGGCGAGAGGAGGAAGGUCGCCGUGUACGACUACAUCUGGGAGGAGGAACAGGUGGAAGAUACCACUUGGGAGGAGGGGGAGCGUGAGGCACAGAAGGCUGGCCGUCGGGAGAUCACGACACACCUGUCCAUCCACACCCUGCACCUGGACGGGCUGCGCGAGCUGUACCGACACUUCCUGCGCCUGCCGGACGGGGCCAUAGUGGAGGUGUUUGGUGACAUGGGAGUAGUUGGGAUGGACAAGGAUGUGAAGAAGGCCCUCGCUGAGCGCGCUCAGAGCAUCGAGAACCUGGGCUCCACCCUUAGUCUGAACAGCGUCGCUCGGCGUAGGAAGGUGACGACAUCUGGCGGACUGACCUCGCGGGAAGGGUCAGCACAGUUUCUGUCUGUCCCGCGGGCUGGGUCUCAUACCAGUCUGAAGAAAGGGAGCACCGACUGCUGAGGUGUCUGUCAAGAUUUCUACAAGACUUGGAAACAUCUAAAGUCUUUGUCAGAAACUUUGUAAGCAUUGUCAAGAUUUCUGCAAGACUUAGAAACAUCUAAAGUCAUUGUCAGAAACUUUGUAAGCAUUGUCAAGAUUUCUACAAGACUUCGAAAUAUCCAGAGUCUUAGUCUAAACUUCUAAAGCAAUUUGUAAAGUGUGUGGUUUUUUUUUACAUUUUUUAAUGACGAUUUCAUUCUGGUAGUGGAACUGUCGGCAAUUUUAUAUUCACCUUAGUCACAUUUUAUCAUGAUUGUGAAAGUUUAUUCUGGUCUUGAAGAGUUUGGAGUUUGCACAAAUGUGGAUUAUUUUUCUGUGUCUCAUAGGGAAUAUAUUACUUCAACACAAGACAUAAGCACUAGCUUUUUAGUUAAAGCACAAUGUAUUGAGUUUGAACAUAUAUUUACUAUGUAAAGAUUUUAUAGUUGAUUUUGCUUUUCUAUGGAGUUAAAGACUUAUGAUUUCUCCCAAAAUGUCCAUUUUUAUCUUACGCACAGAAAUACAUAUAGACUGCCACAUGUAAAUAUUCCACAUUCUAGAUUGUAUGUAUUUUUAAUUCUCAGAUUAGAUUGUGUAUUUUGUGGCACUUUGCAUCUAGAUAUCUAUUUUCCUACUAAAUUCUAUGCCUAUGAGAAAAUUUAUAAAAUGUAGACUUUUUCUGAAUGUACCAGAUAUAUUUCAUACAGGAUGGCAAACUUCGUAUUGCAAUAUUUCUCUUUGCUAUGCAAUAUGGUAAUAGAUCUAUCUGAUGAACAGAAAAGUAAAGUUUUAAUCAAAA